GCGCCCCCUCGUGCGCGACGACCGUCUCGUCCUUUUGUCUCUUUUCGUUCGGUGACGUCACGUGUUGAUUUUCAACCAAUGCCGUUCAACGUGGAGAGGAUGAGGCGUCUGCUGAUAUUCUCUGCUUUUCUCUUCCUUUCUUAGUUCUUCUAUCUUCACGGAACUUAGUCCUGUUGUCGUCCACGUGCCACCUUCCAACGUUUUCGAGAUCAGGUUAUUGUCGCUUCGUUGUUUAGAUGGUCAGCGAAAUUGACCAUUCAAGCUUGUAUUAGAAUUUGACAAGCGACCGUUUCAUACCGAUUGAAAAGGACAGAUGGAGGACACGUUGCAAAAGGAAAGUAGAAGGUACCUGAAGAGAAAACGUAGAAGGUCCAAAGACGAUGAUGCGACGCAAAGCAAUGGAAAUACAUUGGCUGCCGGAAUCGUUCUAAACUGCUACUAUCUUCUAAGAAACAUAUUCCACCAUUUAAAUGGCAAAGAUCUAACUAAGGCUGCAAUGGUUUGCAGGUCCUGGUCAGAAGCUGCAACAAAAGAGAAAUUGGUAAGAAGAAAUCCUUGUCGUCUUGCUAUGUGUAAAAAACGUCAAAAGGAAUAUUGUUACCAAGAACUUUUAGGUUACAUUAGUAAUCUGAGAAUUGUGCCAAGGAUAGGAUUUUGGUUUCUUUCCACACAAUCUUUGUCCUGGAAAGAAAAAGAGUCUAUAAAAAAUUUGCUACCUGAAUGCUGGGAUAUUAUAUGUUUAAAUAGUCAAGGUAUCAUAGACAGCCGAGGAACAGAUCGUUGUUCACCUUACAAUUCAGUAUGUACAUUUUUACCAGAAAUCCCGAAUGUGAGAAUGAAGACAUUCACGCUGACGAAUGAUUUUGUAAAUGAAUAUCAAGAGAUAGUUAAUACAAUUGUUAAUCAUAAUAAAACGUCUGUAUCGCAUCACGAAACAUCUACGUGUUUGAUGUUAUUUUUUGAAUAUGAGAGUACAAAAUUAGCAUUACGUUGGGCCUCUAAACUACAAAAUAGCAAAGAAAUCAAAAUUGAUUCCGUAUUGGGUAGUAAGUUCAGACGUAAUUGGUAUACAGUAAAUAUGACUAAACCAACACAUGUCCGAAGAAGUUGUAUUUGUGUCGUGAUUACUGGUUCGAUAAAAACGUGGUCUACAAUUUUGGCAGACGAUUGCAAUACAGAGAUGCAGAUCGAGGCAAGCUUAAAGUUAUUUAAAGACAAAGUGAAAUUAAAGAAACACUCCGUAGGAUUUAUGCUUAUAUCCGUGCCUUAUUUAGAGGACCCAUACGAUGAAUCUGAUAAAAUAUUAAAGAUAUUCACAAGAUUAUUCCCCGAGGUACCUGUAGCAGGUUCCUUUGGUUCUGGCCUGUUUGGGCUACCUACCGUUGAUGGAAAAAAUGAGAAAGAGGAAUCUAAGAAAUCUGAAUCUUGGUACCAGAAGCACGGUACCGAGUUUUUGAUACUUACAUAUGACUGAUAUUUUGAGAGAACAUAUGCGUCAUUACUGAAUAUGACAUGAACAUUUUACUACUCGGAUAUUGCUAGUGUUAGGUCAUGCGUUCAACGACCUUUAUCAACAAGACAUGAAAGCAAUUAUGCCUCAAUAUCCACCAAAAAAAGAAGAACAGAAAAUGAACGUAGCACAGAUACGAGUAUAGAGAUUGUUCUUUACCCUUAGAUGUAAUUUGCGAACGCGUGUUUUGUACGUCCUAAAAUAAUGUCAGUAGAAAACAAAAUACGAUAUGAUUUAUGAAAAUAUAUUACAUUUCUACCGCA